UAGAAUAACCUUUUCAGAAAACAAAAAACCAUCGAACCCAGCUUCUCCUCCAUUCUUGUUCCUGAAUAAUCAAUCUCACUGCACUGUGUUCCCUUCGCAAAUCCUUUUGUACCUCAGAAAAGAGAAGAAGAAGAAGAAGAAAAAAACCCAAUCGAGAAUUGCACCGAGCCAAUUAUAGAAAAUAAAUUAAAUAGAAAGAAAAAAAAAGCGAUGGAUGGUGUGGCAGCCACGAAUGCUUCUGCUACGACGUCGUCUUCAAUGUUUCACAAUUACCCUCUCGUUUCCGCCCUCGUUGCUUUUGCCCUCGCACAAUCUAUCAAGUUUUUCACCACCUGGUAUAAGGAAAGAAGAUGGGAUCCCAAGCAACUUGUUGGAUCUGGUGGAAUGCCAUCAUCUCAUUCAGCUACUGUUACUGCUCUUGCUGCGGCCGUUGGGUUCCAUGAAGGCUUUGGAGGACCUCUUUUUGCUACUGCUUUGGUUCUAGCUUGUAUUGUGAUGUAUGAUGCUACUGGUGUAAGAUUGCAAGCAGGACGCCAAGCAGAGGUUUUGAACCAAAUUGUAUACGAACUUCCUGCUGAACAUCCUCUGGCUGAAAGCAGACCUCUUCGCGAACUUCUUGGGCAUACCCCCCCUCAGGUCAUUGCUGGUGGGUUACUUGGACUUACAACAGCAGUUAUUGGCUAUCUAAUAACCAUUGCUAGUAGGUAAAAUUUGAGGAUACCUUUGUUGGCAUCCCUUAAGGACUGUUGUAUAGAAAUUGAAAACACCAGUCUUUGUUCUUAAGCCUGGUUCAUCAGAAAAAGUCUGAUGUGUGCCCCUUCCUUCUGACCCCAGCCUGUAUUCACUUUACUUCUCAUGUCAACAAUGGCGAUCAAAAAUUGAAUUACUUUGAUUACUCUAUUUGAUGUAACGGAAGUGUAUGUCUCAUGGAAUCAUUUAUUUGCCGGACAGAGUAAUUAAUUGCCUCUUAGCAUGUUG